AUGUUAGAUGAAAAUUGGUUCUGUCAGGACAUACUGUCGCCCUUGAUCCACGUCAAGGACCUCCGCAAGCACGGCGUCACCCUCUAUUUUCUCCUCGACAAGGAUCGGAACCCCGUGCACGACGUCCCCGCCGUCUACUUCCUCCAGCCGACCCCGGCCAAUGUGCAUCGCGUCAUCUCCGACGCCUCCCGAGCGCUCUACGACUCCUUCCACCUCAAUUUCUCAUCAUCGAUUCCCAGGCCUCUCCUCGAGGACCUCGCCACUGGGACAAUCAAUUCUGAUUCAAUUCAGAGGAUUGCAAAGGUGCAUGAUCAGUAUUUGGAGUUUGUGACCCUGGAGGAUAACUUCUUUUCUCUUGCCAACAAGAAUUGUUAUGUUCAGUUGAAUGAUCCUUCUGCUGGAGAUAAGGAGAUUGAGGAAAUUAUUGAAAAGAUUGUUGCGGGGUUGUUCUGUGUUCUGGCAACCCUUGCAGUUGUGCCCAUUAUUAGGUGUCCUCGAGGAGGGCCAGCUGAGAUGGUGGCAUCCUUGCUGGACCAGAGACUGCGGGACCAUUUGCUGGCGAAGAACAAUUUGUUCAACGAGGGGGGGAACUUCACCAGCACUUUUCAGAGGCCAAUAUUGUGUCUAUUUGAUCGGAAUUUCGAGCUAUCUGUUGCCAUUCAACACGACUUCAGGUACAAACCGCUCGUUCACGAUAUACUCGGCCUGCGGUUGAAUAGAUUGAACGUGAAAGGAGAAAAAGGUGGGAUGAAAUCAUUUGAAUUGGAUAGCUCUGAUCCUUUCUGGACAGCAAACGGGUCGCUCGAGUUUCCAGAAGUUGCUGUCGAAAUCGAGACGCAGUUGAGCAAGUACAAGAGAGAUGUUGAGGAGGUGAAUAGGCGAACAGGUGGCGGUGAGGCCGAGUUUGACGGGACUGAUUUGAUUGGAAACACGAAACAUCUUAUGAAUGCGGUGAAUUCACUACCUGAAUUGACCGAGCGCAAACAAGUGAUUGACAAGCACACCAACAUCGCGACUGCACUGUUGGGUGAGAUUAAGGAGAGAUCGCUUGAUUCUUUUGCCAAAAAGGAAAGCGACAUGAUGAUCAGAGGAGGGAUCGACCGUAAUGAGCUUCUUGGCGUGCUUAAGGGAAAAGGGACAAAAAUGGACAAAUUACGAUUUGCCAUCAUGUACUUGAUUUCGACUGAGAGCAUCCCGCCUUCAGAAAUUGAAGUUGUGGAAACUGCACUGAGGGAAUCUGAGGUCGAUACCAGUGCCUUCCAAUAUGUGAAGAAGAUAAAAGCACUGAACGUGUCCUUAGCAUCAGCUAAUUCUGCAAGCAGGAGCAAUAUUGUCGAUUGGGCUGAAAAACUUUACGGGCAGUCAAUUAGUGCUGUAACUGCCGGAGUGAAGAAUUUACUGUCCAGUGAUCAUCAACUGGCUUUGACAAGAACAGUCGAUGCUCUAAUGGAGGGGAAGCCUAAUCCUGAAAUCGACUCGUACCUCAUUUUCGAUCCCCGUGCGCCAAAGUCAAGCUCAGGCGGCCACAUGAGAGGGCCUUUUAAAGAGGCUAUUGUGUUCAUGGUUGGCGGUGGAAAUUAUGUGGAGUAUGGGAGCUUGCAAGAGCUUGUCCAUCGCCAACAGCCUCCCAAGCACGUUAUCUACGGUACUUCCGAGAUUCUCACAGGGGGUGAGUUUGUCGAGCAGCUUGCGCUGUUGGGCCAGAAAAUGGGUUUGGGAGGCAGUCAUAAUGCAAGCCCAAUUAAAUAG